GGAUGAUGAACCCAGAGCCUGCUAGUUCGAAGGGUGAAGUCAUUGCGGAGGGGGGAGUUGGGACUUGCAUGAUUUCUGGUUGUGGAGUUGAUAUUCGUUGUGAAGUUGGCACUGGUUCUGGAGUGGGUGCUGGGCUUGGGGUAUGUGAUAGCGGGGCGGUGCGACGAGUUUUGGGGGGCUUUGGAGGAGUUGCGUUUGGUGUGUAGAAGGGAG